CAUUGAAGUUGGAUACAAAUAUACAAUUUCAUAACCUGUGUCCUCUCUUCGCUGGGAAACCUCCCGGAGGUCGACUACCACCGAAGCAGUCAGUUUCUUCGUUCGUCUUUCAUUUCCUUGAUUUUCCAUCCAGUUUUGGGUACGCAACAGCACUCCCUUUGUCACACUUCCAUGGUUACAUGUGGCUACCCAAUGGCUCUCUCUCUAAGGAAACCCUCCAAAGCUUCGACCUUGAUCGGUCACUGCCGAUACUCUCUAUCCCAUUCAACCGUUAUACCCAAUUUCAAUGGCCACUUCACCACCACCCAGCUACUCGUUCAUGAUCAGGGACAGGGACAAGGACAAGAACUGCGUCGAAGAAAGCAAGUCCGAUUUCCUUGCGGUAGCUCUAUGCCCCUGUCUCGUAUGCUUCAUUCUUCUCCUCAUUGUAGUCUCUAUCAUUCUCCUUGUCAAGUUCCACUUAUUUUUCCACACCCUAAUUCACUCUCUGAUCUACAAGAAAAAUUGCUAAUUCGCAGCUGUAGAAUUUCCAAUCUUGGAAAUGAAUGGCCCGUUAUUCAUACUCGAGGAAAAGUGCUAGAUUUGAACCAUAUGGGAUUUCGUAUUUUUACAAGAGAAAAUUUUCUUAUUACAAAUUCUAGGGUCAUCAAUGGGAGACUCCACGAUUUUCAGAUUGUUAAUUUACCAGGAAAGUUGUUAGAUUGUAGUUUUAGGGGGUUUACUAGUGUGACAGGCAGUGGGGCAGAUUCCGAUGCUGAAAAUGAGAGUGGGGAAGAUGAUAGUGCUGAUGAUGACUGUACCAGAGGCGAUGGGGUUAAGUCAGGUGCGGACCCGAAUGAGGUCGAUAGAGUAUGCAAGGUGAUCGAUGAAUUGUUUGCAUUGGACAGGAAUAUGGAGGCCGUUCUAGAUGAAUGUGGGAUUGAUUUGUCGCAAGAUUUGGUUGUGGAUGUGUUGGGACGGUUCAAACAUGCUCGAAAACCAGCCCUAAGGUUUUUCAGUUGGGUGGGGCAGAAGCCAGGUUUUGCCCAUGAUUCAAGGACUUAUAAUGCGAUGAUGAAUGUAUUAGGUAAGACGAGGCAGUUUGAGACCAUGGUGUCAAUGAUUGAAGAAAUGGGUGAGAAAGGGCUAUUGACAAUGGAAACUUUUAUGAUUGCAAUUAAAGCUUUUGCUGCUCAAAAGGAAAGGAAGAAAGCUGUUGGACUUUUUGAGCUAAUGAAGAAGUAUAAAUUUAAGCUGGGUGUUGAUACAAUUAAUUGCUUGCUUGAUACUCUUGGGAGGGAAAAGCUUGGUAAAGAAGCGCUGGCACUUUUUGAGAAGUUAAAAGAUAGGUUUACGCAUAAUUUGCAAACUUAUACGGUCUUGCUUUAUGGUUGCUGUAGGCUGAAGAAUUUAAUGGAAGCAGGGAGAGUGUGGAACGAGAUGGUUGAAAAAGGAUUUAAACCUGAUAUAGUUGCGCAUAAUAUCAUGCUUGAAGGGUUGUUGAAGUGUAAGAAGAGGUCUGAUGCCAUCAGGUUGUUUGAAGUCAUGAAGGCCAAGGGUCCAUCACCCAACAUUAGGAGCUAUACAAUUUUUAUUCGGGAUUUGUGCAAGCAAAAAAGGAUGAAAGAAGCAGUUGAAUGUUUUGAUGAAAUGACUGAAUCUGGAUUGCAGCCAGAUGCUGCUGUUUACAAGUGUUUGAUCACAGGUUUUGGGAACCGGCAGAAUAUGGACACGGUAUUUGGAUUGCUGAAGGAGAUGAAAGAAAAGAGUUUACUUCCUGAUGGGCGCACCUACAAUGCCUUGAUUAAAUUGAUGACUAGUAGACGAAUGCCAGAUGAUGCGGUGAGGAUAUUUAAGAAGAUGAUUGAGGAUGGCAUUGAACCAUCAAUCCCCACUUAUAACAUGAUAAUGAAAUCCUACUUUCAAACAAGAAACUAUGAAAUGGGUUGUGCAGUUUGGGAUGAGAUGAUCCAGAAGGGUUGUUGCCCCGACUAUAAUUCCUAUACAGUUUUCAUUGGAGGCCUCAUAAGUCAGGGAAGAUCGGGGGAGGCUUGCAAAUACUUGGUGGAAAUGAUAGAGAAGGGAAUGAAAGUACCUCAGCUUGAUUACAACAAGUUUGCAGCUGAUUUCUCUAGAGCUGGGAAACCGAACAUACUGGAGGAGUUGGCUCGGAAGAUGAAGUUUUCUGGUAAGUUUGAAGUCUCCAAUGUUUUUGCGAGGUUGGCUGAGAUGAUGAAGAAAAGGAUCAAGUUAAGAGACCCUAUUAAAACUACUGAGCAGUAUACCUGAGUUACCUGCUGAGGGCAAACUCUAUUGUUAUAAUCUCCGGCCAAGUUCCCCACUUGAGUGCUUAUUUUUGCUAUGAUUUUACUUUUUAGCCAGAAAAAUUAUAUUCUUACGCUCGUGUGUGGAGCACACUUAGUAAAGUGCUUACAUGUCAUAAUUUGAUUUUGAAAGAUAAAUUUUAAAAUUUGAAUCUUAUAAAUCAAAUUUUAUCAUUUAAGUGACGUGGAUGGUGUACUCUACACAUCGGUUUGAGACUAGAAUAACCCUUUUAACAAUUGGGACUGAGCUUGCUGGUGCUGUGUUGUAUAUUUUUUUUAGUUACUACAUUUUGUAAUUUUUAAGUGUUCUUAUAUACCUGGUGCAAUUUUUUAUGA